CACUUGAUAAGAGAGGACAGAAGAAUGAGAGAAAAGACACUCGACAAAGAGCGACUGAUGGACAGAGCAGCUUUGAAACUCGCUUUAAAGCGGAUGAUGUGGAUAAUGGGUGCACCGGAAAUUCAGAAGACGUCUAGCUUGACAAAGGAAGAAAAAUCACCAUCUCAAAUCAAUAUGACAAAAAGCAAAGUUUUAUCUGAGUUUACGGAACAGUUGCAAAAUAUCUGUAGUUUGAAGAGGCACGCAAUAGUUUCUAGGAAUUGUCGUGACGAUAUUGAGUUUUCGAAGAGAAAGGAAGAUUUGAAUCUAAUGGUUGAGAAGAUGUUGCAUCCAUAUAAUAAUGAAUGUGAAUGUAAUUUAAAAUUUUCUUCACAUGCAACUCUAAACAAGUCGAUCACUGUUCAAAUCGACAAUCCUCAGAAUGUUUUAAACUCGAAGAAAUUUUCAUGGUGGAAGAGAACUAAAAAUAAGAUUAGAAAAAAAAAAAACAAGAAGAUGACUCCAUAUGGAGGAAAGACCGCAAGCGUCUAAAAAUAUGUGA